AUGGCCCAGCCCUACUCGAGCAUGGCCUCCUCUUCGAAAGAACACCGCGAGGGUGUGCCGAUACCCAAGCAGUCGCCCUUGUCGCAGUCGCGGGAGCUAGGAGUUGUCCUGCCCGAGAAAACAGAGAAGGCGUCGCCAUUCUCGAAGUCAUGGCAUCAUUUGGUGGCCGGAGGUAUCGGAGGCAUGACAGCAGCCAUCCUCACGGCGCCCCUCGACGUCCUGAAAACCCGCCUCCAGUCCGACUUCUACCAAGCCCAGCUGCGCGCCGCCCGAGAGGCCGCCGGCCAGGCGAGAUUGGGCCCCCUGCGAUCCGUCUCGUACCACGUCGCCGAGACCGUCCAGAUCCUGCGCGACGUCCACCGCCUCGAGGGCUCGCGCGCGCUUUUCAAGGGCCUCGGGCCUAACCUCGUCGGCGUCGUCCCCGCCCGGAGUAUCAACUUCUACGUCUACCCGACCAGCAAGCGCGUCUACUCGAAUUGGACCGGCCUCGAUGCCUCGAGCCCGUUCGUGCACCUCGCCAGUGCCGUGACCGCCGGAAUUGCCACCGGCACCGUCACCAACCCCAUCUGGCUGAUCAAGACCAGGCUGCAGUUGGACAAGAACAACGCCGCGCGCAAGGGUGACGUGGCCGCCAGACGAUACCGGAACAGCUGGGACUGCAUCCGACAGGUUAUGCGGAACGAAGGUCCUGCUGGCUUCUUCAAGGGCCUAAGCGCCAGCUACCUGGGUGUCUCGGAGAGCACCUUGCAGUGGAUGAUGUACGAGGAGAUCAAGCGCCGUCUCAGGGUGAGGGAGGAGAAGCUUGUGCAGAGUGGUCGGCCGAGAACCUGGUGGGACCACACUGUUGACUGGACCGGGAAUUUCAUGGGCGCUGGUGCCGCAAAGGGUCUGGCAUCCGUCUUGACGUAUCCCCAUGAGGUGGCGAGAACAAGAUUACGACAGGCGCCAAUGGCAGACGGCAGACCGAAAUACACCGGCCUCGUGCACUGCUUUAAACUCGUCUGGAAGGAAGAGGGCUUCAUUGGCCUCUACGGAGGUCUGACGCCGCAUUUGCUGAGAACUAUUCCCUCGGCCGCCAUCAUGUUUGGCAUGUACGAAGGCAUCCUCAAGCUCUUUGGCAGCAAGAGUUAG